UAUCAAGUAGAAAGAGGUGAAGGACGGCCUUCGUAAAGAAGCGGAAAUGAAGGUCGAAUCUGCUGUUGGAUUUCGACAUGUUAUUGAUCUUCUUUCAUCAAAGCGAAAGUUGAUUGUCGAUCACAAUUGCUUUCUUGAUGUGGCGCAUAUGUACAGUAAAUUCAUUGGUCCACUACCUUCAACCGCUGAGGAUUAUGUAUCUUCCCUUCAGAAGCUCUUUCCUACCAUAGUGGACACCAAGAUACUCUUGAAUGCAAACGGUGUUUUUCGACAGACUUUAAAUAAAAGCAACACCUCACUAUCCAGAGCAUUUGUCUCUAUCUGUCCUCAUAUUGCUUUAGGUAUCAAAACAUCUAGUUUGGCUGAUAGACCAUGUGUAGACGUGGAGGUUCAAGUAGAUGAAAAAAGAUCCUCGAACUGGAACUCAGGAGCCAAGCAUGAAGCUGGAUAUGAUGCAUUCAUGACUGGAUGCAUUUUUGCACAGGCGUGCAAUCAUCUAGGCAUUGAUUUCACCCUCCAUGUGCUUGGUGGAGAUUUAGCAAAGGAGACAAAGCUUCAGAAUUAUAUCAACCGCCUUUACCUUAGUUGGGUUAGUGGUAACGUCAUUGAUCUAAGUAGUGGGAAAUGUACACCAGACUCCUCAGCUUCUAGUAACCUCAAAAGUCGGUACCAGGAUAUCUCAUUUCCUAGCAUCAUUCUGUUGUGGGGAUUGCCAUCUAAACUAAAAGCAAAGGAGAUAAGAGCUUGUAUAGCACAAGCCUUUGGCCCAAAUUCUGUUUCCUCAGUCUACCAUUUGGAUGAAAGCGCUGUCUUUAUUCAGUUUAGCAAGCCAGAACUGGUUUCUAAGUUUCUAGAAUUGAAGGAAACUCUAAGUAGGAACAGUGAUCCAAUUUCCGUGUUGCAUCCUCUUUCAAAUAUUCUGAACGGAGAAAACACUCACGCAGCUACCUACGAUGUAUAUCAACAAAUAUGCAGUUCAUCCAUCUCAAAGAAAUUAUUCGCAGAUCAAGCUGAAGCUGUUGGUAUCAAGCACAAAACAGUGUUGUCCAGGGCAGAACGAGGGAAAAGGGGAAACCAGGUAUUUGAUAAAGAAACGGAUGUUAGGAUGUUCGAUGAGAAAGCAGAUGAUCUGAUGAGUUCACCAUAUGGCUGCUCUGAAACAGAUCGAUCAGCGGAAUCUUUUUACCUAGAUGAAGUUCUGGCAAGCAAAUAGAAGUAGUUCUUCCUAGUUUAUGUAUCAUGUAUAUCUAGAUCAUUUUUGGCCAGGUAUAGAUAUUUGUUUCUCUGAUACCUACAGCAUGUAUAGUGAGAUUGUGUAACACAGAUUAUCAAGGAACUAAAAAUAUCAUUCUAAUGCUUC